AUGUCCAAAUACGGCGUCCUAGUAAUGGGCCCCGCUGGCGCGGGCAAAACCACAUUCUGCAGUUCCAUCAUCCAGCACCUCCAAAAUACGCGUCGCAGCUGUUUCUACGUGAACCUAGAUCCCGCGGCGGAGACCUUCAACUACGAGCCGGACCUCGACAUCCGCGAACUCAUCACUCUCGAAGAUGUGAUGGAAGAGCUGGGACUAGGUCCCAAUGGCGGGCUCAUCUACUGCUUCGAGUUCCUCCUCCAGAACCUUGAGUUCCUCUCCGAGGCCCUCGACCCUCUCAGCGAAGAAUAUCUCAUCAUCUUCGACAUGCCGGGUCAAAUCGAGCUCUACACACACAUCCCGCUGCUCCCUUCCCUGGUGCAGUUCCUAUCCCGCCAGGGUCCGCUGAACAUCAGUCUCUGCGCGGCAUAUCUUCUUGAGAGCACGUUCGUCGUGGACAAGGCCAAGUUCUUCGCCGGCACGCUGAGCGCCAUGUCGGCCAUGUUGAUGCUGGAAAUGCCGCACGUGAAUAUCCUGAGCAAGAUGGACCAAGUCAAGGACAUGGUUUCACGCAAGGAGUUGAAGCAGUUCACUAAUGUGGAUGUGAACAAUCUGCUGGGCACGGCGGGUGACGAUGAGGAGUCAUCAGUGGCUACUGGAGACCCAUCGUCCAAGGACGCAAUGCUGAGCGGAGGAUCGUUCCAGCAAUUGAACCGCGCGGUCGGGCAGCUCAUCGACGACUUCAGCAUGGUCUCAUUUCUCAAGCUCGACGUGCAGGAUGAAGAUAGUGUUGCCGCGGUGCUGAGUCACAUCGACGAUGCCAUUCAAUACCAUGAGGCUCAGGAACCUCGCGAGCCUUCCGAUGCCCAGGAGGUCGAUUACGAAGACUGAGCUGAGUGAGAUGCCGUAAGCCGUUGUUGGCGCUGCCGCUGCC